UUGAAUGAGUCUGGGACUGACACCGUCCUCAUAAUAUAAAAACAAACAAAACAAAAAAAUACAUUUCUAUUAGUAUUGUGGGCUGUUCUUUUUUUGUGUGUUUUUUUUUUUCAACUGAGACUGGAUUACAUAUUUUUUGAAACCUUUCUUCCAGCACGAGUGCAGAGGAGCACACUUGUUUGUUGUCAUAUCCGUCACAUAAACACAGCGGGUGGCUGCAGGGGGUAAGUAGCUCUCCAGGGUGCUGAAGUUUUCUCCAAACGGCUCCCCGGUUUCCCCAUCUCCCCCACUUGGCUGCCUGGCGAUCCAAGCGCGAUGAUUCGGCUCCCCGGUCGCUCAAGACAAACAGGUAAGAUUGCGAGGAUGGUGAGGCGAUGCCUGGACUUCGGAGCUGUCCUGAUGACUUAGUAAAAGUAAAGGUAGGUGAGUCAUUUUACUUUAUUAGUCUGACGUGUUUCAAAUGUGAACAUUGUGUGUAUUUACUUUUCAGAUAACACUCCUGCAGUGAAGCUAAAACGACCUCAAAUUCACAGCCAGGACAAUGCUACAUUUUCGACCUUUAUGGGAGUCCAACCAUCUAUUUGUGCCUAUAAUUAAAAGGAGGCAUAUUUUACUGGCGCCGCCUUUUUAUAACUUUCUCGUAUGGGCUCUCCUCGGAUUGUUGACGUUCCCUUGCUGUGUCCGCUGUUUGGUAUUCAAAGUGGGCGUCCUGGGGCCUUGGAACUGCGACCCAAUCUUCUACAGGACGCUGCCUGCCGCCGCCGCAAGACUCGCUGUAAGCAGGAUAAACCGAGACCUCAGUUUAAACUUGGGCCUGGAGAUGGACUUUGUCAUCCUGCAGGAGCCUUGCGAAACUUCCAAAGCUCUGACAGAAUUCAUAUACUACAAGAAUAUGGCGGAUGCCUUUGUGGGCCCCACUAAUCCCGGAUACUGUACGGCAGCGUCACUGCUGACAAAGAACUGGGACAAGGCCAUCUUCUCCCACAGUUGUGUCAAUUUUGAGCUGGACCGAAUCACUGGAUACCCGACUUUUACAAGGACGGUGCCGUUUCCCUCCGAGGUGCUUUUCAUGGUAUUGAAGCACUUCCAGUGGGCUAACAUCGUGGUGGUCUCCUCCAGUGAAGACAUCUGGAUGGACACGGCGGAGAGAGUGGCUGCUGCCAUGAGGAAAAAGGGGCUUCCCGUCGCCUUGGUUACGUCCGUGGGCAUCAACGAGACCCAAGUUGAGAGCACGCUGAGGAAGAUCCGAGACGCAGGAGAGAUAAGAGUCAUCGUCAUGUGCAUGCACUCCGUGUUGCUCGGAGGAGAGCACCAGGCCACUUUCCUUGUCAAGGCCCAGCAAAUGGGUCUGACUUCCGGCAAGUACGUUUUCGUGCCCUAUGACACCCUGCACUACAGUUUGCCCUACAACGCGCCCUACUUCCCCCUGCAAAACAACAGCAGGCUGAGUGAGGCCUAUGACGCCGUGUUAACAAUCACCAUAGUCUCAGACCCCGUGUCCUUCCACGAGGCGUACGCGGCAGCGAAAGAGAGCGGGGAAGUUACGCUGAGUGCGGCGGCGCAGCAGGUUAAUCCACUAUUCGGUACCAUCUAUAACAGCAUCUAUUUCCUGGCCAAGUCCAUCCACAAGACCAGGAGAGCUGGCAUGCAUCUGUCAGGCUCAAACCUGGCCUACUUCACCAAGAACAUAACCUUCAGUGGCUUCAACCAGAAGGUCCAGGUGGACAACAGUGGUGAAAUCCAAACCAGCUACAUCAUCCUGGACACCAGCAACGCCGGCAGCCAGCUGUACCCGACCUAUGUGGUGGACCUCACAUCCGGGCGGCUUCGGUUUGCUGGGCGGUCCAUUCAUUUUCCAGGAGGGUCUCCUCCACCUUCUGAUUCCAGCUGCUGGUUUGUUGAGAGUGCUCUCUGCACAGGAGGUGUGGAGGUAACCUACAUCAUAGUGGUGUUUUCAGUCAUCUUGGCUUUGGCUGUAACAGGGCUCAUCAUCAGUCUAUAUAUCAGGAGGAGACUCCAACAAAUCCAGCUGAUCAAAGGUCCAAAUCGGAUUCUGUUGACUUUUGAGGAUCUUACUUUCAUCAACCCUCAGAUUAGCAAUAAAAAAAUAACUUUGGAGGACAUGAGUGAGUCCAAAAGUGCUCUGGAGGAGAAAUCUGCCGACCGUUCACAUUCAGUGAACAGCAUGCACACAGCGACUCACGAGACCACCAACGUUGCCAUUUUUGAGGGUGACUGGGUGUGGCUAAAGAAAUUUGAGGAUGGCCAGUUUAAGGAGGUGAAGCAGAGCAGCACAAAGAUUUUUACCAAGAUGAAGGACUUGAGAAAUGAGAACGUAAAUCCCUUCCUGGGCUUCUUCACGGAAAGCUCUAUGUUUGCGGUGGUGACGGAGCAUUGCUCUAGGGGGAGUCUGCAGGACCUGCUUAGGAACAAGGACGUCAAAUUAGACUGGAUGUUCAAGUCCUCGCUUGUGCUUGACCUCAUCAAGGGUAUGAAAUACCUCCACCAUAGGGAUUUUCCACAUGGCCGGCUGAAAUCUCGAAACUGCGUGGUGGAUGGUCGCUUUGUGCUCAAGAUCACCGACUACGGUUUUAACGAUCUACUAGAGUCUCAGAAAGCCCCUGUAGAACAACCUCCACCUGAAGACCUUUUUUGGACUGCUCCAGAAUUCCUGAGGGAUCUCACAAGUUCCCGUAAAGGCACCUACAAGGGGGACGUGUACAGUUUUUCUAUUAUCCUGCAAGAGGUAGUGGUCCGAGGACCACCGUACUGCAUGCUGGGCCUGCCACACGAAGAGAUCAUUCGAAAGGUUAAGAAGCCCCCUCCAAUGUGUCGGCCCACGGUGGCUCCCGACCAGGCUCCUCUGGAAUGUAUCCAGCUGAUGAAGCAGUGUUGGAGUGAGCUUCCGGACCGAAGACCCAAUUUCGAUGAGAUUUUUGACAGGUUCAAGAUCAUCAACAAGGGUAAGAAGACUAACAUCAUUGACUCCAUGUUGAGGAUGUUGGAGCAGUACAGCUCCAAUCUGGAGGACCUCAUCCGAGAGCGAACGGAGGAGCUGGAGGUGGAGAAGCACAGGACAGAGAAACUACUCUCCGAAAUGCUGCCACCUUCUGUGGCCGAGGCAUUGAAAACAGGUGCCACAGUGGAGCCGGAGUACUUCGACCAGGUGACCAUCUAUUUCAGUGACAUUGUGGGUUUCACCACGAUCUCGUCGCUCAGUGACCCCAUCGAGGUGGUCGACCUUCUCAAUGACCUCUACACGCUGUUUGAUGCUGUGCUCUGCAACCAUGAUGUCUACAAGGUGGAGACCAUUGGUGAUGCUUACAUGGUGGCAUCAGGCUUACCAAAGAGAAAUGGCAACAAGCAUGCCGCUGAGGUCGCCAACAUGUCUCUAAACAUCCUCAGCUCAGUGGGAACUUUCAGGAUGCGCCACAUGCCCGACGUUCCUGUCAGGAUACGGAUCGGGAUCCACUCAGGGCCCUGCGUCGCUGGGGUGGUGGGCCUGACCAUGCCACGCUACUGCCUGUUUGGAGACACCGUCAACACUGCCUCGAGAAUGGAAUCCACCGGGCUGCCUUAUAGAAUCCACGUAAACCUGAGCACUGUGAACAUACUUCGAUCUCUCAAAGAAGGUUAUAAAAUAGAAGUCAGGGGCAAGACGGAGCUGAAGGGGAAAGGUAUUGAAGAGACGUACUGGCUCGUAGGAAAGUCUGACUUUGCAAAGCCUUUGCCAAAACCACCAGAGAUUAAAGCAGGGGUCAACUGGCAGGAGAUGGUGACGGAUGAGAUCAAGACUCUUUUCCGCAAGGCCAAUAGGCCAGUGGACAAGCAAAAAAUGAGCGGAAAAGAAGAAAAGAUGUGAAAGGAAUGAAGCCAUGUAACAGAUUCCUUCUGGGAAAAAGGAGAGGCAGGCGGAGGACAUAGAAGCGGCAGCCAGCCUCUCAUCCCGGUGGUGUAAUGCGGACUCCUUUAAGAGGAUAGUCCAUCGACUGGCUAAUCUACCUGCAGCCGACACAGCAGAACACGAUGGUGCUAAUGUAAUGAGACUUGUCCCGUGACCUGCCUGUCUAACCCGCUGCCAGUAGACCAGGGACGAAUCUUCAGUCAAAGAUGCAUUCAAUCAUUUCCUUGAUGAACUCACUGGCCACUGAGUGGUCGCCGAAACGAGGAAAGACUCACCCAUCCAAAGAGGGGAUGCCCUGGAUGCCCAUUUCAAAAUAAUAUCUAUCUUGUAUGUGUUAGGUUUGACAUGAAUGCUCAUAAUAGGGGAAUUAGCUGGCUGCAUAUUGCACAUUGAUAACCCCUAAAGAUGGAGAUAAAAGCUACCUAUAUUGAAUAUUAGAAAUGGGCACAAACACUUUGCUUGGAUUGCAUGAUGAUGCUACAGAAUUCAUUUUAAAAAUGUAAGCAUUAAUAACAGAAAAAAAUAACUAAUAAAAAUAUCCAAUAUAUAAACAUUUCCACGGUAUAAUUGCUGUGAACAUGAAUUGAAUCACAACGAUACAUGUCUGCUCUGUUUGUUAAUUAUUUUUUUGAAAUCUAUGUAAUGCCAAACGGAAAAUGAUGGAAAGCAAUGCCCACUAUGGGCAAAAUCAAGAGAAAUUAUCUGUGCAUUUAGGUCUCUUUAGGUCCCUGUAAAGUGAACAGAAAUGUCUUCUGAUUUUACAUCACAGAGAAGAGUGUUGGUAACAACCCUGGCAAAUUUGAAUGAUUAAAAAGGAUGACGCGCUGUGGCGAUCCCUAAAGGGACAAGCCGAAAGGAAAAGAAGAUGAAGAAAAAGAAAAGAAGGUGAAAUGAGGCUUCCAAAUCAUGAAAAAUCAACCCAUUGUCCUCGUUGUCCUCGCUUUCAAAUGCUGUGGACGUGUGAAUGUGCUGAAACCAUGAUCUGUUCAAUUGUCAAUCAAAUACUACUACAACUUGAAAAACUUGCCUCGUGCCUCCACAUCACUACAUGCUUGAGCCGCAAAAAUAUAUUCGCUUAAACUCUCUGGGAGCUGAAACAUUUCUGACCGGGUUCCCGUGAGGCUUUCCACACCUCUUGCCCAGAGUGAUCUUGGAUAGGCUCCACCUCACUCAAAUUCCUAAUGACGACAAGCACUAUACAAAAUGGAUAGAAAGACGAAUCCCGACUCUGUAUUAAAUAUAAAACACAUAAUACAGUACUAUUAUUUUCACUACAGCACCACCUGCUGGAUCUGGCGGGCCCGACUCGCCCCAGGAACAAUUUACUACUGGUUACUGCUACGCAAUACUAUUAACAUCAUUUUGUUUAGCUAAAUCCUCGUACAUAACACUACUAGUUGACAUGUAUUUACCAUAGCCAAACACGUUUAUUUAAAUGAUUAUUUAUGGAGAGAGAAAAAACUGAUGUUGUUCAUAAUUAUUCAUGAGCCAAAUUGGAUAAGGGAAAAAAAACAUUUUAUACGUUGUUAAUUUUCUUGUAAGUUAACACAACAGCACAAUAGUAUAGUGUACA